GCAGCAUGGGAGGGAUGAUGACUCGAUCACGCGCAUGGGCAACUGUUGCCCGUUACUCCCGCAGUUCCCAUUCCCGUACCAUCCGCCAUCGGUCCUCUUCAAGAAUUCAGUGCAUUUUUUAACGUUGUAACUACGCCUAUAUGUUGGAUUAAACAUUAAGUGUAAUCUGGAUUACAUCUGUUUGUGAUGUGAUUGUGUUAUUAAGUGUUCAAGAAAUGAUGGACGCUAUAUUACGCGGUACUCGUUUCUGGGAAAAGAAUGGUAACAUAAUGAUUGUGCGGCAGCCUUCUAAUAAUGAGACGACGACAUCUCCUUCUAGAACGCCCCGAACGGCUGAUCAAGGAUGUGCUGUGCACAAUAUGGGGGAUAGUAAUCAAUCCAGUCAAAAUAAUUCCUGUUUUGAUUCUGACUGGAACUCUAAUCAAUUCCUGUCAUCUGAUGUGAAGAUGACUGACCAAAAAUCCUUAGAUAGUUCCUUAUUUGAAAGAAUUUCAAAUUUUAGAGAUAAUGUCAAUAAGGAUUAUUCCAGAAAAUCACCUACUUCACCCGCAGGAUCCCCCACUACAAUGUAUGGAGCAUCAUUGCAUCAAAAAGACCUUAGCUAUGAUGAUUUGUCAAAAAAUAUAGAUGCCAACCUUGCAGAAAUUGACAUGGAAACAUUCCGAUCUGAGGACAUAAACUCCAUAUUGGCUCUACCUGCUAUUUAUAGUGGGGAUUUUCAAUCUGAAAGUCGUGGUGAGCAGUGUGCUUCUGUAUCUGGGUCUUUACUUAAUGGUCUGGAGUUAGAUACUUCAACAAGCAAUCGUCAUUCCGAGGAUGAAAUAUCCAUAUGCAAAGAUGAACCUUUAUUUUCUCCAUUAAGAGAACCACCAGUUCCUGAAGCAACGAUAUCAGUAGAUAGUCUUGAUAACAGUUCUAGCUAUGAACAAGACUUAGUACUCACUUGUAAAGCAAAUAAAAAUAAUUAUACUAUAGUUUUUGAAGGCAGUAGUACACAGUUUUCUGAUGAUUCUGAUUACCAAGAUGUCUGUCGAAGUAGUGAAGGAGAAAGUAGUAUGUCUGGUGCCGUUCAUAUUAAUUGCGGCUCUUAUCGAAAGCAAAGUUCUAUGGUGCAAUCAGAUGUGGCCUUCACAACCUGGAGCAAGCUCUGGAAAAGUCAUAGAAUAAGUCGAAGAAAAAGUGAUACAUCAAAUACAAAAAUAUCAAUCAAAAGCCAAAGUUUGCCUAAUCUAAGUCAUAACUCUGUUUUUAUAACUGACAAGCAGCUUAACCAGUGGGCCAAGUGGUGUGGCAACCAUAGGCUGCCACUAUAUGAAUUAGUACAAAAUUACCAGGCUGCUGGAAUGCAUGUAGGUAAUAGUAAAGAGUGCUUACACUCUGUGUCUCUGCUGAAAUUAUUUAUGAAGCACAAAGUGUCGAGUAACUCUUCCAUAGGAUCCAGUGGCCAGUCAGACUCCUCUACGUCUUUGAUACUUCAGCCUCUAAAUUUUCGAAAUGCUAGUCUACAGAAUUCCCUAAACAUAUCUGAAAAGGUCAAACCACUUCAAAGGAAUACUGAUGAUCUUUCGCAAAACCACAAGGAUAAGAAUCGACCUAAGAACCAAAAUGACAAUGAUACACGUCAGGCACAGAUGAUUGUUGACAAUAUUCAAAUUUUGGACUGGAAUUCUGUACAGAACAUGACCGAGACUAAUAACAACAAUAUCAAUUCCCUAUAUAACACAGAUAAUGUGCCGAAUAAUAACAAUAUAGAAGAACUGAGAGGUAAUGAAGAGUGUGAUAACUCUCAGUACUUUGAAGAUAGUUUGAUGGAUGCUCCCUCCCCUCCACUUAAACAUUUUCAUACAACUCCAAUUAAAGAAGAAGAAGAAACUGAUAUUUCUAGUGGAGAUGAAGUCAUGAGAGAUAGCAAGAAUCCAUUCGGUAGUGAUGAUAGCUCAUCUGGAGAAAUCACUGUUAUACAAAACAACAACCUUGAUCAUGCAUCUUCAACCAAUAGGCAAGAAAAUGGAGCUCAUUUAGAACGAAUCAAUAAUAUAUUUCCAACAUGUAAAUCAAAUAUUGAUAUAUUAAACAAAGGUUAUCAUGUUCUUAAUAAAGAAGAUGCGAGUGCUAAGAGAAAUGGAAUUCCUACUGAAAGCCAUAGUACGCAAACGAAACAAUUCAAUAUUAAUGAUUGCUCUGGACCAGAUGGUUUUAAGCCAUUGCAAGCUUUCAGCUGUAAAACCAGCAGUAAUCAAACAGACUGUGAUACAACAACUACUGUUCAGUAUACUACUUCAAGGGAUUCAAGUCCUGCAUCUAGUGGAUAUGUUAGUAGUCGACAUAGCUCUGUGGAAAGGAUACGCCCUCCUUCUUUGAUAAGUGCCACUCACAAUGUAACUACUCCAGUGAGUCCAAUUCAGAAGAGCAAUGUUAUUCUAACUACUAUAUGUACUUGUGGGACUCAAAUUCCUGUUCAUGUGAAGGAUUCAUGUGUGCAAACAUCAACUUUGGCUGUUUCCAAUUCAAACUCUGGAUUCACUUUCAAGGAAUCAACAACAAAUCUUCCAGAACCCAAUCAACAUUCCCAAACAUCAGUCAAGUCUCCAGUGAAUAAUGUUGAGUCUCAAUUUGGAAAACAAAAGGCAAAAGAUAAAAAAUCUGUUUAUGUCUGUUAUCCGAAUUACUCUUUACCAGAUUUAAGCUUCUUGAAGUCUGUUAUUGAAGAAAAUUCAGAAUCAGUAUUUCUUACUCCAACAGAAUACAAGUUGCCGCAGGAAAUAUUAAACCAGAGAAGACCUUCAAGACCUAGAUCAUAUGGAGCAUAUGAAAAUUUGUUGCAGAAGCAUCUAACAAAAAUAAAGGACUGGGAAUCUUUGAAUGUGUUAUUGCCCGAUGACUUAAAAAUCCUUAUUUCUAAACAGCGUCCCAAAGGCAUGAAAUCGGAUAGUUCAUCAUUUACUGAUGCUUUGAAUUCAAAAGAGGCCCUGCAGUUUUUAUCCUCUUCUUAUUGUAAUAUUGACGAUGCAUCCAAGUUGAAAAUAGGAGGUAGUGAAUCUGCUAAUAAACAGCAUGUACCAAGAAGUAUAUUACGCAAGUCAAAUUCUGUUGAACAGUGCGAAGAUAAACAAUGUCAUGCUCAUUUACCAAUUCGAUGUACCAGUGCAUCGUCUUUUAUUUGUGGAAAAGAUGGAGGAAAAUCAUUACCCAGUGAUUUAGUACAUUAUAAACAAGAUUUCUAUGGAGGUUCGCCGCAGAACAUCCCUACUAGCAAUGUUAAAUUUUCUGAUUAUUUUAAUAAUCAAAAGGUUGAUGCUAGUGGAAAAAAGUACCAAGUUGUACAAAAUUCUGAUAAAAAAUGUAGUCCUUGUGAUAGCUUUAAAUUGCCUUCUCCCCUAAGUGUACAACAGCAUGAUAUUGGCACUAUUUUGGACAAACAUUGCAAAGAGGAAAACUUGCUCCAAAACUUUUCUGGUAAAAACUUACCCUACCUAUUUAAUAAUGAAAAUAUACUACCUCCAUUUGAGACUAGAUGUGAAGUACAAGCUGGUGAGGCUCAGAUGAAUUGUUUGCAUGGAAAGAAAGCAGUGAAGUUUUGUGAAAGAAGUCCAACAAAGAGUUCCAAGCAAACAGACUCUUGUAAGUCUGCCAAGUGCUGUAGCUGUGAUAUGCAAAAUAGAUCUCCAGGAGAUGCUCAUAGCCCUCAAUGUUCAUGUGAUAUAUGCAAUUUGGAAUCUGAAAAGUCUACUCAGGAAUUUUUAGUGUCUCCUACUCAAAAUUCAUUAUUGUAUCCUGAGAUAUCUGAUUCGUAUACUCUACAAAAUUUCUCAGGUGGUGGAAAAUUUUUUCAAGAAGCUCUCAGGAGAAAAACAGGUUUGGUCGAAAAUCUCAGAAAAGCUACUCAGAUUAUAUUUGAGCACCACAAAACAUUCAGCAAGAAAGGAGGAGAUUGUGCUUCUUCCUUUUCAACUGGUCAAAAGAUCCUUACAUGGCUUUGUCCUGCUGUUCAUACAAUACUUUCAGACGGUUUGUUGCCAUCAGUACAAGGGUUUUUUGGACCACUUCCUAAUUCACCUUGGAAGGUUGCUGGAGCGUCAAUCAAGCAAGGAGAAACAAGAAAAGAUGUAGAAGAAUUAUUGAAUAAUGUAAAUUCAGAAAAAUUGCUUACUGACAGUACAUAUCGAUUCAAUGCAUUCAUUCUUGGUCUACUUAACCUUGGCUGUUUUGAAUGGUGGCUGGGACACUUGUGUUCUUGUCAAAGUCUCAUUUGUCAUCACUAUCAUCCUACUGCUUUGCUAAGCCUACUCGCUUUGCCGGCUGCUGUACACUUACGCCACGAGUUGAAAGAGCUUGUAAGUCCUCUUUCAAACUUGUCAUUUAACUUGGACCUUAUUUUCGAAACUAAACUAACAUCUGGUGAUAACUGGAAGAAAUAUGACAUGGGGAAUUUCAGGCCAAAUUUAGGAGAGUUUCAAAAUGAAUCCAAGAACGGGAAAGAACACGAUGACAAAAAUGUGAUGGAUCUCAAUCUGCAAUUUUCACCGUGUAAGCAAUUAGUGGGGAAUAAGAUUAAUGAUUUCAGUCUUAAGAACAAACACAGCCAUGCGUCAUCACCUUCUAAUAACUUGAUGAAUAUUCGAGGUGAAGCUGAAGAGUGCAAUGAGAAUCAGGUUUGGCCUGGUAUUACCAUUAAUCCAUUUCCAAAUGCUAAAUUCGCUGAAGAAUUCAAUGUUACUAGUCACAGCAAAAAAGAUAAGAACCAAAGCAAUAGAAAUGGUGUCCCGUCUAAUCUUCUUAGGGAUACUUUACUUCCCAGAGAAAUUGAUCAACUUGGAAGAAGAGAUGUACCACAUUUCUCUCUUUGCUCUAGCACCGACAGUGGCUGCAGCUCACAAAUUGAUCAUUUGAAUCAUGUUUCACCUGCUGCAAAUGAUGAAUCUCCUAAUGUAGAUGUUAAAGAAGGUCAGCAGUUCAAGAUGUUACGCCAAAAAUGGGAGAAAAUUAGUCAUGGAAUCAACAAGCAAAUAGUUAACAAGACACCUUCACCUAAAGCCCCUGCUGCUAGACCUACUAUUUCCAGCUCUUCGAAAUCAAAGAAAAAAACGGAAAUAUCACCUCCAAGGUCUGCUCGCACUUCUAAUGAGAGUGUGGUCCCUAAAACCCCUACCAAGAUGUUCAGUCAAACCCCACCUAGUCGAAGAAGUCAAGGUAAAGCAAAUUUGUAUAGUGGAGAAGGAAAAGGAUAUACUCCUGAUAUUGUUGCAUCAUCGCAAGUUCCGGUUGAAAAUAAUGAAAAGAAGAGGUCUCAGAUACCCACACUCAAGUUUGCUAAGCCUAAAAGUAUGAUUCCUGUACAGAAAAUAGGACCGAGAGCAAGAUCUGCUAACAGAGACAUGUAAUUUCUAUGGGUGAAAAAAGCAAGUAUUGUGAUGUAAAAGUUGUGUUUUUUGACACCUUACUCAGUGUAGAAGCACUAAACUUAUGCCUUCUGGGGAAGAAAUCCGUUGGCUACUUUUAUCUGUAACCCAGUAAAAAAAAAGCUAUUGGAUUAUUGCCUUAUAUCUGAACAUUCAAUGAACAAGUCUUGUUCCAGCUUAAUUUAUGUGCACUGCAAAUUUUGAUGUUAUAAUUUAAAACUUUUAUUCAAAAGGAAGGGAUACCUAAUCUCUUCUUGAUAUACUUAGUUUGCAUUUGUAAAUGUUUAUACAAAUAUUUUUUAUUUUCUUGUAUAUUAAUUUUUUGUUGAUGUAUAAGAUGUAUAGUAUUUUUUGUUGCAUUUCAAAUUUUUAAAAAUUCAGUGCUUUUUCGCUUUUAUUGUAAAUUUGAGAGUUAUAUCAUUCCUCUGUAAAGUUUCCAUGUGUGUAUGUGUGCGAAGAAGAAGUGUUUCAUUUAUGCAUAUUGUGUGUGUAUAGUUAAAUGUGCCGUUAAUCACCAAAUUAUUGCACUUAGGAAAAAACCUCUUAACUGAUCUGUUCAACCUUAUCUGGGUGAUAAUGUUGCAAUUAGACAGUGGGUUUUCAUCCAUGUGGAAACCAUCUUACCCUACUAUAUGAAGUGGACCAUAGUAGCUUCUGUAUGAUCAUGCGCAUGGGUAGAAUUUCACCCCCACAAUGUUUUAAUGGUAGUCUUUUGCCCCCUAAUUCCCACCGCUAUAAAUAACUGUUGCAUCACACUUGUGUAGUUGAAAGCAUCUAUUUAAAAAUUAAUAUAGCAUUUAAUUCUAAUAUGUACUAAAGUGCAUAUGCUUCAUUCAGUGUUCAAACAAAAAAAAAGAAACGAAAAUCAAUCUUAUAAAGCAUGAUUGUUAUAAAAAUAAAAAUGUUCUAUGAAUAGUCCAUACAGUUUUAAAAGUAAUCAAUAAGUGGUUGUGCAAAAUAAAUAGCUUCUGUGAAAAUGAACUUUACUUUAAAACAAGAUCUUUUUACAUUGUAUAUGACCAAUCUUAUCAGUAACUCUUGUAAGAAAUACUCAAUCUUGUGUUUUCUGUAUUUAAUUUCAGAGCUGUUGUUGUAAGUUUAACUGCAAGAGGCGUGUAUAAAAGAAAGAAUUUUAAUUCUUUUCAAUUUUGUAAUUGAUGGUUUUUAAAUUUAUGGUCGUCCACAAUUUAAAAUUGGUUGUAACUUUUAUAUUGUUGUUUAUAUUAUAAAGUAAUUUAAAAUCUUUUUGUGAAACAAUGACAACAGAACAAUUCUAAAAAAAUAUGUGCAGCAAAUUGGUGUAAAAUUUAAGAAGGAUAGGUAUUCAACUUUUUUUUAAAAGACUUUACAGGAAAUUUAAAUGUAAAUAUUAUUGAUUUCCCUUAGAAAUUUGUUAUAAUUGCCCUUUUUUCUCAUAAUUUUAUUAAAAAUGAGAACAUUAAUGCCAAUUUUUUUUUUAAAUUUUAUAUAUUCUAGAAAAUGUAGAUUUGAACUACUUCUGAUUUUUAAAAAAAAGUUAUAUUCUUUAACGUACAUUAAAAAUUAUUAUUUUAUUUUUUUGUCAGAAGCUUGUUUAGGAAGUAAAUACCAUUCCUAUAUCUACCACAAUAUUCAUGAUUAAAUAACAUUAUUAGAAAUAAAUAAAAUUCCAAAUUUUAGAAAACUUGCGUUAUUCAAUUUAAACACAGCAGACAAUAUGCUAAAAAAUAUACAACCAAGACAAGUCACCUGGUUGAGUUUUUUUUUGUUUUGUUACAGUCUUGGAAAAUAAGUUUAAAUGAAUCGAUUAUAAAUAGUGUUUAUAGUAGGUCUUAUUCUUUUUUUUAAGUCAAAUUUAUGAUGUGCAAAUCACAUUACUUUUUAGAUCUUACAUUAGCAAUGUAACAUAAUUUUUAAUAAAAACAUUUUUUAUAAUUCAACCAAAACAAUUGAUUGCAUAAAAUACUGAAUAUAGUUUUGAAUGAAUUUCUUUAAAGGAAACUGCACAAUGAUUUUAAAUAUCAACUUAUUGAAAUAGUGCUCCUAAAAUCUAAUUAUGUGUACUUAUUUUAAGCAUUUCUUAAUUUUAUUGAUAAUUUUCCUUUUUAAAGUUCUAAAUUACAAACUUGUAACUUUCAAGAAGAACAUUUUUAUUAAUUUGCAAUCAGUACGUAAUUUUCUUGAAUAUAUUUCUUGUCUUGCUAUUUCUUCUGUAUAAUUUUUUAUGCUUUAUUAUUUAUCUUUAGAUCUUAAAACUUUGCUAAAAUUAAUAUUUAAUUAAAUGAUGUUAGUUAGAUGGUUAAAAGAAUGUUAAUUUUUGAUUUUUUUAAUAGAUUGUACAGAAACUAAAACGUUGGCAUAUAUCUGUUAUGCCAGACUAUUUUUCACUUCUAUUGUAUUUGUAAAUUUCUGAGCAAAAUAAGUCUAUUUUACAAUAUAUGAUUAUUAGAGUUAAUGAUUUGGUGACGAUUACUUGGUAUUAUUAGAUUUAACUGAUCUGAUUUGUAAUUUAUAAAUUUAUGUAUUAGGAAUGUCAACGUUUAGAAUUAACUCUUUCUACUUAAUGUAUUAUAUAUUUCUAUACUUAAAAAUAAAUCAUUCUCUUCUGACGACGAUGUUAUUGUAAAAUUUAUUCACUAUUGAAUAAUAUAUUUUAAUAUUGUGAAAAUUAGCCUGUUAAGUUAUUAUUUUUGUUUUUUAUUCUUAUUGUUUUAAGAUUCUUGAUUUAUUAUUUCUUUUUAAAUAUACAUGUUAAAAAAUGUAAUAUUAAUUAAAAACAUGUAUUUUGCAUACAUUUAUCUUUAAUAUUGUUACUUGAUAUGUUUUUGUAUUGAAUUUGUAAAUUUUGUUCUUUUUAUUUGUUCUCUAUUUUAUUGAUAAGUUUAAAGAAAUCAAAUUUGCAUUUUGCUAUUUUUACUUCCCCUCCUUAUGAAAUUGUCAACUUAUGUUCAAUCUUUUUCUUUGCUUAUGUUCAAAUUUAUCAAAUUAUUUUAUAGUUUGUCACUAUCGAUUUUUCAAUCAAGUUUUCUUUUAAAAUUUUGAUGAUGAAAUGUGAUCAAAAAUAACCGUUUUUUAUACAUGGUAUAAUAUUGCUGCUUAAUUUGCAAAUAAAAUUCAUAUCCCCAAUAAAAGCCUAAAUGAAGCACAUGAA